AUGGGCGAACACAUUAGUGAUGUUCCUUUUACCCUUAAGGAUGUGCCGGUUGAGAACCAAAGACCCAUGAAAGUCAUCAUCAUUGGGGCAGGCUUCUCAGGUAUCUACACUAGCAUCAGGAUAUCUCAGCGUCUCAGAAAUGUUGAGCUGCAGGUGUACGAACAGAACGAGGGACUUGCGGGUGUGUGGUGGUUGAACCGCUACCCAGGGCUGGCAUGUGAUAUCCCAUCCUACUCGUAUCAGUUCAGUUUUGCUCCCAAUCCAUACUGGUCCUUCCUCUAUGCCCCAGGGCCCGAAAUUCGAGCUUACAUGCAGGACGUUGCUGAGAGGUAUGGUGCAACGCGCUAUAUCAAGACUUCUCACGCCGUCAAGGAGUGUGUUUGGGAUGCUGGAAUGAAGAUUUGGAGAGUCAAGGUGCACAACAUCAAGACCAACGAAAUCUUCGAAGACACUGCAAACGUCGUCAUAUCAGCCAAGGGCGGGUUGAAUCAAAUCAUGUGGCCGAAAAUUAAAGGCCUUGAGGAUUACAAAGGAAAACUCGUUCAUUCUGGCCAGUGGGAUGAGAGUGUCGAUCUUCGACACAAGCGAGUUGGCGUUAUUGGCAAUGGUUCCAGCGCAAUUCAAAUUGUACCAGCCAUCCAACCACUUGAAGGGAUCAAGGUUUGGAACUUUGCCCGAAGCCCUACUUGGGUAUCCAACUCCUUUGGAGACAUUGCAAUGAUGAAGCUUGGGAGAGAUCCUGGGAAUUCAAAAUAUUCACCCGAACAGGCCAACGCGGUGGGCAAGUUCCAGGAUUACAUGAAGAAACGCCUAGAGGGCCGACCUGAUCUUUACGAAGCGAUCAUCCCAACAUUUGCUCCUGGAUGCCGUCGACUCACCCCGGGACCGGGAUAUCUGGAGUCCCUCAAGGAAGACAACGUUACAUUCUGUAAUACCCCUAUCCAGGAGAUGUCUGAGAAGGGUCUGAAACUCAGUACUGGAGAAGAGAUCGACCUAGACGUCGUGGUUUGCGCAACAGGAUACAACGUCGGAGCACCACCAACAUUCACAGUGACUGGCCGCAACGGCGUGACGCUGGAGCAGAAGUGGGCACCCCAUGCAGAGACAUACCUCUCCGUAGCUGUCGACGAAUUUCCCAACUUUGUACUUAUCGGCGGACCAAACUCAGGCCUCGGCUCUGGCAGUCUCCUCAGUGUCUUUGAAGGACAGGGCGACUACGCAGUCAAGAUGAUUCGCAAGUUACAAAAGGAGGACUACUCCACCUUUGAAGUCAGGCCAGAGCGUGUAGCUGACUUUAGUCACUACAUUGAUGAGUACUUCAAGCGAACCGUCUACACGGAUGACUGUUCGUCGUGGUAUCGAUCAAACACCACUGGAUCACGGAUCGUAGGUUUGUGGCCUGGAUCGUCGGCACAAUGCCUUGAGGUCUUGCGGGCUCCGCGAUGGGAGGACUACAUCUUUGAUAGCGCUGAUCCUACUGGAAACCUCCUGCGAUGGCUUGGUGAUGGAUCUAGCUUGACCCUCACAGAAGGCGAUCCGUCUUGGUUCCUGGAGUAUGAGGCUACUGACGCUCCCCAAGAGGGAAAGCCUGAAGAAGGCGAGGUUUAUAGUAGUCGUCCAUUUUCUCACUAG